AUCCAUCCAUCCAUCCAUCCAUGAUCCAAAGCUGCUGCUGCUGCUUGCUUGCUUGCUGCUCGACCCGCAUCAAUGAUGAUGGCACUUGUGUCUGCGGCGUGGUGUCUCGGUACCUGAAUUGCUGGAUUGCUGGUCCGCACACGCUCCCUCUGCCAUCUGGUCUGAGUGCUCUCUCAGACUCUCUCACACCUGUGACCUCGCCUCGGGAACUAUUUCCACAUUCCCAACAAGCUACCGAACCUGCCGAUCAUCUCAAAAAAUUUGAGCCGUGUCUGGUCCUGCCUCUAUCCGUACACACAGACAGUCAAGAGAGACAAGUUCAUGCAAGGACCAAUCACUCAUGUGCCGAAAGUUUUGUAAUUACCCUCAGAAGGAGAGCAAAGGGUUGGGGUACGGGUAAACAACAAGCAGUCAACCACUGCAACUCUUUUUUUGGCUCUUCUGCUUCCCACGCUUUUCGGGUGACAAAUGACGGCAUAUGCGUGGGCAAUCUAUCCGUACCCCCUACUAGCUAACCAAACGUCACGCCAUCUCUCUAUCAUGACAGAAAUCGGACUUUGAGAAGCCGUCAGGUUAUGCUCUCUCUCUCUCUC